AUGCUCACAAAAGGAAAAAAACUACAUUUUGUCCCCAUGGGAUUGUUUUGUUCUUAUUUGUGUGUUUAUAUUUUCUGUGAGUGCUUAAGAAUAUUUAAAUUGAUCCAUUGUGGGGUUUUAUUUUUGGUGCUAAAAGUGUCAAGUGGUCUGCGGGGGGAGGAACUAAAUGUCACUUUUCUCUCAUGCUCAUGCAUUUGUGGGCGGCGGCUUAGACAAGGUGAGGAGUGGCAAUUAAAGCCAAAAUUGGAACAACACACACGUAUAGAUCAGUAUGUAGAGAAGUAUGAGUACCUACAAUAUGUGGAGAAGUACAAGUACCUACAGUAUGUAGAGAAGUAUGAGUACCUACAAUAUGUGGAGAAGUACAAGUACCUACAGUAUGUAGAGAAGUACAAGUACCUACAGUAUGUAGAGAAGUACAAGUACCUACAGUAUGUAGAGAAGUACAAGUACCUACAGUAUGUAGAGAAGUACGAGUACCUACAAUAUGUGGAGAAGUACAAGUACCUACAGUAUGUAGAGAAGUACAAGUACCUACAGUAUGUAGAGAAGUACAAGUACCUACAGUAUGUAGAGAAGUACAAGUACCUACAGUAUGUAGAGAAGUACGAGUACCUACAAUAUGUGGAGAAGUACAAGUACCUACAGUAUGUAGAGAAGUACAAGUACCUACAGUAUGUAGAGAAGUACAAGUACCUACAGUAUGUAGAGAAGUACAAGUACCUACAGUAUGUAGAGAAGUAUGAGUACCUACAGUAUGUAGAGAAGUAUGAGUACCUACAAUAUGUAGAGAAGUAUGAGUACCUACAAUAUGUGGAGAAGUACAAGUACCUACAGUAUGUAGAGAAGUACAAGUACCUACAGUAUGUAGAGAAGUACAAGUACCUACAGUAUGUAGAGAAGUACAAGUACCUACAGUAUGUAGAGAAGUAUGAGUACCUACAGUAUGUAGAGAAGUAUGAGUACCUACAAUAUGUAGAGAAGUAUGAGUACCUACAAUAUGUGGAGAAGUACAAGUACCUACAGUAUGUAGAGAAGUACAAGUACCUACAGUAUGUAGAGAAGUACAAGUACCUACAGUAUGUAGAGAAGUAUGAGUACCUACAGUAUGUAGAGAAGUAUGAGUACCUACAGUAUGUAGAGAAGUACAAGUACCUACAAUAUGUAGAGAAGUAUGAGUACCUACAGUAUGUGGAGAAGUACAAGUACCUACAGUAUGUAGAGAAGUACAAGUACCUACAGUAUGUAGAGAAGUAUGAGUACCUACAGUUUGUGUACAAGUACUUGUACAUACAUUGCGUACAAGUGGCCAAAGGAACACCAUGACACAUCAAUAGAAGGAUUCCAUUGUUAAAAGUAGUUAGUAUUUAUGAUGGCUGGCGUGUAAAUAGUUCAAAUGUACAUGUCUCACCUUCAUGUCUCACCUUCAUGUCUCACCUUCAUGUCUCACCUUCAUGUCUCACCUUCAUGUCUCACCUUCAUGUCUCACCUUCAUGUCUCACCUUCAUUUCAAAGAAUUCAUGUAUCAUAAAAAGGUUUUUUCUGAUGUAUAUUACAAAACUGCUUAAUAAACACAUAUUUGCUUUACUGCUGGGAAACUAGCUACUUGUGUCUGCUCUA